CCUAAAACCUCUCCCAUCCACAAUACUCACCACCAUAUUCCCCCCAUCUCCAUUUUCCUCAAACCCAUUUGGGAUCUGCUUUCUCUUUCCUCUCCCUUUUGCCUGCAAUUUUUUCCUUCCAAAGGAGCAUAUUGGCUCCAUUGAGGAAAGAAAAAAACAGAAACUCUUUUGAGGAAGCAGGUCUCAACCCCUUCUUCCUUUCCCUCAUCUUUUUUUUUUUUUUUUUUUUUUGGCCUUUUAUGUCUCUCUCUAUUUCCACCACAAUGUCUCCUUUCCCUCUACUUAUCCUUCUUUUCAUUUCCAUUCCAUUCGCCCAAUCCAAACUCUCUAUCGAUUACUACAAGCACUCGUGCCCGGAUUUUCAAAGAAUCGUCCGUGAGAUUGUCACAACCAAGCAACUUUCCAACCCUACCACCGCCGCUGGAACUCUUCGCGUCUUCUUCCAUGAUUGCAUGGUAGAAGGCUGCGAUGCCUCUGUCCUCAUCUCCUCCAACCAUGUCAAUAGUGCUGAGCGCGAUGCCGAUCUUAAUCUCUCUCUCCCAGGUGAUGCUUUCGAUGUUGUAAUCAGAGCCAAAACCACCCUAGAGCUCACCUGCCCUGGUGUAGUCUCCUGCGCUGAUAUCUUGGCUCAAACCACCAGGGACCUUAUCACAAUGGUGGGAGGUCCUUUCUACAAAGUCCGACUAGGCCGCAAAGACGGACUCAUCUCGAAAGCCUCACGUGUAGAAGGAAACCUCCCUAGGGUUAACCACACCAUGGACACCAUGAUCAAGGUCUUCGCUAACAAAGGUUUCAGCAUCCAAGAAAUGGUGGCACUAACCGGUGGACACACAAUUGGCUUCUCACAUUGCAAGGAAUUCGCUGACAGGCUCUUUCACUUCAAGAAGACCACACAAACCGACCCGGCUAUCCACCCGAAAUUCGCAGAUGCAUUGAAGAGAACAUGUGCCCACUACAAGACUGACACUGCCAUGUCGGCAUUCAACGACGUGAUGACGCCAGGAAAGUUUGAUAAUAUGUACUACCAAAAUCUUCAGAGGGGAUUAGGGUUAUUGACUUCGGACCAUGCAUUGGUUAAGGAUCCAAGAACAAGACCUUUUGUUGAGUUGUAUGCCACAAACCAGAACGAGUUUUUCAAGGCAUUUUCUCGUGCAAUGGAAAAGCUUAGCAUUCUUCAUGUCAAGACUGGACACAAAGGAGAGGUGAGGCACAGAUGCGAUGCCUUCAAUUCCAUUCGCACUUAAAAAAAAUAAAAAAUAAAAAAUAAGAAAAUAGAAAAUAAAAAAAAAAUUGUUUGUGGGUUUGUGGUUUCGAUCUCAUGAUGAACAUGCAUAUAUGUAUAUGAUGAUGAGA